AGCUGCUCGGCCGGGACUUGCCGCGGCCCUGCGCCUCCGCCCGCCCGGCCGGCCGCGCCCCCGGGGCCAUGGUCGCGGGGCCCUGCGCAGGGGCGGCCCCCAGCGCGGCGCUUCAUGGAGCGGCCCGGGCCCGGCCCUCGGGGGCAGCGCGAUCCUGCGGGGCCCUGUGAGCUCCCAGCGCCGCGGCACCAUGUUGCUGGUUGAGAAGACGACAGACUCCCCGGCGGCAGAGUUCUCGCUGGUGGAGGACGUGGCCCUGCACUUCGCCUGCUUGAUGGGCCGCCUCAAUGAGCAGCGCCUCUUCCAGCCAGACCUGUGCGAUGUGGACCUAGUGCUGGUGCCUCAGCAUAGCGUGUUCCCCGCACACAAGGGUGUGCUGGCCGCCUACAGCCAGUUCUUCCACUCGCUCUUCACACAGAACAAGCAGCUGCAGCGGGUCGAGCUAUCUCUGGAGGCACUCGCGCCCAGCGGCCUGCAGCAGAUCCUCAACUUCAUCUACACGUCCAAGCUGCUCGUGAACGCGGCCAACGUGCACGAGGUGCUCAGCGCGGCCUCGCUGCUGCAGAUGGCUGACAUCGCGGCCUCCUGCCAGGAGCUGCUGGACGCUCGAUCCUUGGCGCCCUCGGGCCCUGUGGCCCUGGCACAGCCUGCCACCAGCUGUGCUCCGGUGCCUCCACCACCCUACUACUGUGACAUCAAGCAGGAGGCAGAUGCCCCAGGCCUCCCAAAGAUCUAUGCCCGGGAGGGCCCCGAUCCCUACUCUGUGCGUGUGGAGGAUGGAGCAGGGGCUGCUGGGGAUGUAGGCUCUGCCACUGCUGGGCCAGCACAGACACUCUUCAAGGAGGAGAAGGAAGGGGCCCCUGAAGAGGCAGAGGCCCCAGGUAGCCUGUGCAAACUGGAAAGUGGAGAGGGGCUGGAGCCAGAACUGGAUGCCUCGGGCACCUAUGGGCACCAGGAGCAGUCACAAAUCAUUGUUGAGGUGAACCUUAACAACCAAACACUGCAUGUGUCCACCGGACCCGAGGGCAAGCCAGGCUCUGGUGCCAAUCCAGCCACUGUGGUGCUCGGCCAGGAGGAUGGCAUGCAGGGACACUCGGAAGAAGAGGAGGAGGAAGGAGGAGGGAGUGGAGGGGGAGAGGAAGAGGAGGAAGAGGAAGAAGAAGAGGAAGGCAGCCAGGGAGAGGAGGAGGAGGAAGAGGAGGAAGGGCCCAGCGAUCAUCGAGAGGAUGAGGAUGAAGAAGAUGGGCCCAGUGAGCAGGAUGCAGAGAGUUCUGAGGAGGAGAGGGAGGCUGAGGGCAGGCAGGACCCCGCAGGUCCCGCUGGGUGUCAGGGCAGCCAGGUGGACCCUCCACCACAUAGCCGAAUGUCCACACGGUCCCGGGGACAGAACACCCGGCGCCGGGCCACCCCUGAGCCAGAGGAGGCUGGACGUAGAGGUGGGAAGAGGCCCAAGGCCUCUGGAGCUGUUCCGGCAUCCCAGGCAGCUGACGGGCUGGGGGCCAAGGUGAAGCUGGAGGAAAAACAGCAGCAUCCGUGCCAGAAGUGCCCUCGGGUCUUCAACAACCGCUGGUACCUAGAAAAGCAUAUGAACGUGACCCACAGCCGGAUGCAGAUCUGUGGCCAGUGUGGGAAGCGCUUCCUGCUGGAGAGUGAGCUGCAGCUGCACAGACAGACGGACUGUGAGCGCAACAUCCAGUGCAUGACAUGUGGCAAAGCCUUCAAGAAACUGUGGUCUCUUCAUGAGCACAACAAGAUAGUGCACGGCUACGCGGAGAAGAAGUUCUCCUGUGAGAUCUGCGAGAAGAAGUUUCACACCAUGGCGCACGUGCGCAAGCACAUGGUUGCCCACACCAAGGACAUGCCCUUCACCUGUGAGACCUGUGGGAAGUCCUUCAAGCGCAGUAUGUCGCUGAAGGUCCACUCGCUGCAGCACUCGGGGGAGAAACCUUUCCGCUGUGAGAACUGCAACGAACGCUUCCAGUACAAGUACCAGCUGCGGUCACACAUGAGCAUCCACAUUGGCCACAAGCAGUUCAUGUGUCAGUGGUGUGGCAAGGACUUCAACAUGAAGCAGUACUUUGACGAGCACAUGAAGACACACACAGGGGAGAAGCCUUAUAUCUGUGAGAUCUGUGGCAAGAGUUUCACCAGCCGCCCCAAUAUGAAGCGGCAUCGACGCACACACACAGGAGAGAAGCCAUACCCGUGUGACGUGUGCGGCCAGCGUUUCCGCUUCUCCAACAUGCUGAAGGCACACAAAGAAAAGUGCUUCCGUGUCAGCCACCCGCUGCCCGGUGACCCCGCCACCCUGCCUGCCACGCAUCUGCAGCCCACAGCUCCGCUCUUCCCCACAGCACCUCCCAGGCUGGACACUAACUGACCCCCAGCACAGGCCCUCUUGGCCAGGGCCAGCAGACACAGACUAGGAGCUGGGCUGCAGCUGGAUACCCGUGGCCCUGGGUCCUGGUGCAGCUUCUUGGAGAUUUUACUCCUUGUGCUUGGGAGUAAAAGAACAGAGAGGGACUGGUUGGCUGCACCCCUCCAGGCGAGGGGUGCUGGAGGCAGCCGAUACAGGGCAGGAGGAGCUCUGGGCUGCAGGCAUGGCAGAGAGCCAGGCAGGGCCUGGGUCAGUUUCACCUGCCCAUUCCUGGCUUCCCUGUGCCCCUAACUGACUCUUUAGGAGGGGAGGAUUUGGGUGUGCCCCGUUGAAGGAGUUCUGGAGCCCCAGAGGCCUGUGGCCGGGGAGGCAUGGCAGGAUACCAUGUGUGACUGGGCAGGGGAGUGUCAGCGUGUGAAGGCUGCCCCUCUGUGUGGGGCAGACUGGGGCAGGUGGGGGCUGGCCCCCAUGGGUUUCCUUUCUUACAUCCCUACCAGGCAGGUACAGGAAUCCCCACCCUGCACUGGGACUUUUAAAGAGCCCCACAUCCAGGAGAGAAUGUCUCUGGGUGCUGGAGACCAAGCCUCCAGAGGGGAGAAAAACCUGAUUCACCGGCCCCAGCUUCUAGGGCUCCUGCAGGAGAAUGAGAUCCCAGGGAGGGGCCCCACAGGAGCCUCAGGCAAGUAGUUCAGGGUUUCAUGGUGCUAUCUGUGGGGCAGGGGAUGGGGAGCUGUCCACAGGGCAUCCCUGCCCCUUACCAGCCUAUCUGGCUGGACUGCCCCACCAGGAGACACGUAUCUAUGUCUGCUCCCCCAGAAGCCCACAUGAGGCCUCCUCUCCUCUUGGGGCCAGGCCACUACCGCCCCUUGCUGGCCCCUGGUCCCUCUUGCACUCUUGUACAGUCUGGGGUGCCACAGUGCAGCCAGGGAGAGAAGCUGAUGUGUUUAGGCCUCUGUGGGAGCAGGGAGCUUAGCCAGUGCUCAGCGUUUGCCCUUGGGGGGCAGGCAGUCAUAGGCCACCCCUCUCUGUUGUCAUUUCAUGUCCUCUGUUUCCCCGGGUUUGAUCUCCCACUGUUGAUAAGCUUCUUUGUCACACUCUGCACCUUACACCCCUCCCGCCGCUCCCUGCUGCUCCCAGCCGCUCCCAGCAUGGCCACACUUGGAAGAGGCCUGUGCCCAAGGGGCUGGCAGAGGGUGCCGAAUCCCUUGACCUCCUCAGAGGCCCACUGAGCUGGGACAGCGGGCUGGGGACAUUUUAAUCAUCAAUAAACGAAGCACUUUAUUCUGUACAGGUGUGGGCAGGCCCAAGGUGCUCGGCUGAGUCGGCUGUCUUCUGGGCACGGAAGGGUUGAAUGAGCUGUUGUCCCUGUAUAGGCACCCUUUCCUAGCCUGAGGAGCAGGCUGCAAGCAUGCCCUUAGCCCCGCCCCAUGUCCACUGGGGAGACAGGUGGGACCCUCCCUCUCUGAGAAAGGAAGGUUACCCAUUUGCAUACUCCUGCCCCACUGCCUGAGGUUGGGCUCCAGGCUCCUGCAGUGAGGCUCCUCCAGUGGUACCCCUAAUCUCUGGGCUUCCGUGAUGUCCUCAGGGACUCUUCCCUGCCUCUUGCUGUUUCUAACCUCUGGCCCCAGUGCCUGGCAGCUCUUCAGAGCUGGCUUAACAUUUUCCAAAAAUAAUAAUAAUAAUACUAAAUAAAACGAAAAAAAAAAAAAAAAGAGUUGACCACCUCAAGGGGUCGCCAAUCCUUAUCACCUGCUGGCCCUGUGGACUUCUUGGGUCCAGAAACCCUGGCCAUUCCUCAGUAAACAGCAAUCUGAAGGGCAGAGGCUGGGAACGGAACCCUGUCACAGGAGUUGGGUCUCCAGCACCUUUAUACACCUUUCCCCCAGGGGCCAGACGGGUUCUGGGCUCUGUCUGGGAUGGGGGCACAGCCCUCUCUCUGAGGCCCCUGUGUGCCUGGUGCUACACUCCCUGCCCUGCCCACAAAGGUUGCACUCCCUAACUGCCAAAUGCAAUAAGCCCCCAUCCCCAUGAUGUGGAAUUGGGGUUCUCAUCUCCCCAGCUAUAUACUUUAUUUUUAAAGAGAUGGUCAAGUCCCUGAAUGUUAGCAUGAGGGAACUGGAACAUGGUGGUAAUUUUCCAGGCCCGAGACACAGUAGCCUUGGGACCGUAGCCUUUGGGGAGACUUGCUAGGAUCUCUUGCCCAGCUAGACUUGGUCUAGCCCUGGGCCUGUGCCUCUCAACUGGUGCAGGCUGCUCUGGUCUUGGGAGCAGUUGAUGGGGAGUCUUCAUGAAGACAUAGAAGACCUGGAACCCAGGGAUGCCCAGUCCCACAUCCCCUCACUGGGGUCUGGGUGAUAACAGGAAGACCAGGCCCAGGUGUGUGAAGCCUUACUGCCUGCCUGUGUGUGACACGCCCAUGGUCCCAGGGUGGGGACAGUAGGCAUCUGAGCGAGAUGAGUGGUGGAGAAUAAACUCAGUUCCACUCCUGGCCCCUGGCCCAGCCUCUUCUUUAUGUGUUGCUGUCCUGAGGAAGGGUGGCAGGUGUCCCAGCAUCCCAGUGCACAAGUCCCAAGAGUAUUUAGGGUAUCCAUAGGACCAGUCUUUCUCCUUCAAGGCUGGGAUUAUACGGGCCCCAUGCUCCAUGUGGGUCUGUUGGUCUGUCACAGAAAGACCUGAAAUUCUGGAGCCUGCAGAAGUGGUAAUCCCCAGGGUAGAGCCCAGGAGAAUCCAGGGUGUCAGUCACAGGAGCCCAGACAGUAGGCCCCUCCCCUUUCAUCCGCCAGCUCAGCCCUUUUGGGCACCUAGGGUUCUCAUAGGUACUUCCUGCUGCUCAUGUUCUGUUUGGUGGCAUUCUGGGCCCUGGGGACAUAGGUGGAAGAUCUCUACGGUGUGAUCUAUCACCCUGCCCAUAGGUGCCCAGUGCCUCAGACAGAUCCAGAGGCCCGGUGCGGGAUGUUGUGGGUGAGGUGGCUGCCUGUGGAGAUUCGGACGUGAUCGCCACCUCCUGUUUCAGAAGACUCGUUGUAUUCACACCCUCAAAAACAAGAUGGGAUAGAACAUACCUGUAACACCAGCAUUUGGGAGGCAAGAGGAUUAGGAGUUAAAAGCCACCCAUUGCCACAUAGUUCCAGGACAGCCUGCCAUUUGGAAUUGACACCCAGUCUCACAAAGGCCUAAGGAAAGGACUUCUUGGGAGGAUCCUGUUGUUUUCUCUCACCUCUGCGCUCCUGUCCUUUGCUUCAGUGCUGCUGCUUUCAAACAGGGCCCCGGGUAAUAAAUAGGCUGUGGGCGGCAGAGAGAAAUCAGGCAUCUAGAACAUUUCCAGCCCCUUAGGUUCUGCUGACUGGCCUGGUUGGGAAGGCCACGCCUCAUCUGUGCACGCCUGGUUCUGAGGCCUGCUGGAUACAAGGAGAAUGAGACAUGGGCUGUAGCCUAGCAAUGCUCUGCGGCCCUCCCUUGCUGUGACACGGCUGUUCGCUGUGUUUGGUAGAGUAACUCAGGUGAAGCUGGAUCCCACUGCUAUGACAAGCCAUCCCUGCUUCAAUGACAUCACCUGUGACCCUGUGAGGUCUGUGGGAGAGGCUUUGGUGGCCCAGAAUGACAGAUUGCUUUAAUCUGUGGCACAACCAUAUUGACUUGGGUCUCCAGAGCUAAGGUUGGAACUGCAUACCACCAUUCAAAAGUGACAUGUUUCCACGCCAUUAGUCCAUUAGUACCAUGGCCAAGCCCUACUUCAAGGUGAUGUGGAAAAGGAACCAUAGAGAGUUCUAGAAAUAGAGUGGACAACUAUACCCUCUCCUGCACCUUGGUGCUGAGUCUCCUGAUGCCAGGUUGCCAGGCAGUCUACUGGGCUGAGGGUAUGCCUGAAAUCCCAGGUAGAUGAGAACUGAGACAGGAGGAUUGAUUAAGCCCAGGAGUUUGAGGCCAGUCUACAAUGUAGACCUUGUCUCAAAAUAAAUACAACUUUUAAAAUGUA